ACAAAAAAAUAUGGGCCUUACCGUUCAUCAUUUGGGUCGGGCUCAAAAGACAUCCAGAAAUUUGUCUUAUUUUAUUUUUCAAAUAAAGGUCACGUGACGUGCACAAACAGAGAGUUGAGACGGAGAAAGCCAGCGAGAAAGGCGAGAAAUCCGCAAGUUGGUGGCCGCGCGGUGGCGGCGGCGUCGUCGUCGUCUCGUGAUCCAAACGGUGAUCCAACGGUUGAAGGCCCGUCUGGAUCCAACCCUGGCCUGUUUCUUCUUGCAGGCGUCGUCGACUUGGUGGAAAGACAGAAAAUGGUAGGAGUUACUCCAGACAAUGGAAGUAGGAGACGUUUACCGCAGUGGAUGCUGGGCAUAUCUUCUGGUGUCCAAGUAAGCAAACCUGGUAAUGUUAAGGAAAAUGGAAAGGAGCUUCUGGAAGGGACCCAAUCUCACGAAAAUGAAACCUUGGAAGAAAACCCGCAUGUUCUUGUAAAAUGUGAGACAAAGAGAAGAAAAAGAAAAUCAACCGAACCGGAUGCAGACUUUGAAGAUGAUGUCCCAGAAACUGUUCCAGAAAAGAAGCGUAAUGGACGUGGGAGAAGAAAAGUUCAGGAGCCUGCAGCUCCAAAGAGACAAAAAACAAAGGAUCCUGGAGAAGGGAUACAGCUUCAGGAAAAGGAAACUCUGGAAGAGAAUUCACACUUUCUUACAAAAUGUGAGACAAAAAGAAGAAAAAGUAAAUCAGAUGAACAAGAAGUACGGACUUCGACUGUUGAUGAUGUUGAACUGACGGUGGAAGAUUUAGUGAUCAUUGCUGAAGAGUAUAUUGAAGCUGAUAGAAGUAUGAAGCGAGAAGAAUUAUCGAACCAAGAACGUGAAUCAGACAGGAGACUUGUAGAAAGAGUCUGUUCCGGUAAUGUGUUCGAAGAUUCUGUUGAUGCCCAAAAGGGUAAUCAAGGAUCACUUAUCCCGGAUACAACUACGUCCAAGCCAAAUGGGAGUUUGACAAGUACAGAAAUGAACUUGAAUUCCAGCGGGAGAGAUGAUCCUGCUCAGGACAUGCUGGAUCUGUUUUUAGGGCCGUUACUGAAGAAAACCGUCGAGAAGGAGACAAAGGAGAAGGACAGAAAGGCUCAAAUGUUGACAGAGAAUAUGACAUUUUCCCAAGAAUUCAAAAGACAAAGUGAGAGUAAUGUCAUUAGAGAAGAAAUUCCCCCCGCCCCCAUAGUGAAGAAGAAGAGCAGUCUUAGAGACAAGGUGGCAAUGUUUCUUGACUGAACCAGAUACUGAAAACUGUUAACAGGGCGGAUCUGUAUGGUACAAUGAAAGGUAAAGUUCAGACGAUACAUGAUCCUGGAGACUGAUCAGAUGCAUCAGAUGCAACAAUCAGUCUUCUUUGCGGAUUUAUCAUCUCGCCGCAGAUGCUACUCUGGAUAGAGAUCUGCCACUCUUGGCCUUGGUUUGUGACCAAAUCUCUACGAUUUGGUUAAGUGUGUUGCAUAGAUAGAUACUACAAUUCUGUCAUCUGUUUAGCAAUUGGCAUGUAACAUGAUAUUUUUCUGUAAAUUCUUUCAAUUAUUAACAUAUCUCACUUAAAGAGUA